AUGACAGAAGCCUUGGACCGUCCCAAUGGUCAGUCAACUCCUCAAGAUGACCAGAUCAUCGACGCUCCCCCGGAACUCGAAGCGACUCUCGCUCGGCUGUCUGCAUACCGUAAAGUCCGAGGCGUCAUGAUUCUCUCUCGGGGAGCAUCGACGACUCAACGAGCAGAUGGUCAAGCUAGUGCUGGAGAAGCAUCUCAGUCAGGGAUCUUACGCCGGACGGGAUCCGUAUUUGAAGGGAACGGAGGGGAGAAAUACGCGAGCGCCGUUGAGGAUAUCGUUCUGAGAGUGGGCAAGGCGGUCGCGAGCUGCGAGGAGGGAGAUGAGGCAAAGCUCAUGCGCAUACGGACGAAACGACACGAGCUCAUCAUCACGCCGAAUGAUCGAUAUCUGUUGGUAGUGCUGCAAGAUCCAGAGUCAUGA